CAGGAAGUGGACACACAGAGAGGCGCCUUUUCUGAGCUCAUGUUGUUAGGCAGAAAGUAGGCUUUAGAUAGCCAACAACUGUGCUGGCAGGUCCUGGUAUUAGGUGAAAAGCAAAAAAAAAACUGGUGUUAACCUCCCACCUGCAAAAUUCGCGUACACGGCAUGGCCGGUAAAAAGAAGCGCACGCCAAACUUGCAAAAUGACAGUUGGGUUGUUGUCGCUGCAGACUCUGUGAUAAACACUAAGAAACAUGACAGUGAUCCGACUUUUGUGAGACUGAGGAAUCCCGCAACAGAUGGAGCAUCUCUGUACUUGCUGGGCAGCGGCGAUACGCAGCUGUACGAGGUCAAAGCGUUUGAAGAGGACUUCCACUCCUGGUUCGUCGGCCAAAUUGUAAAUAGAGAUGGAAGACUCCUCUUUGUGACGCCAAUGGAUCCUCUUUAUCUAAUUUUGCCUUAUUUGAUCAAAUCCGGCAACGAGGGCAAGUUCCAACCUGUGCACCAAGUGGUGAUGGAUGAAGAAUUCCCAGCUUGUUCGAGGCUUCUCAGCUGCACACGUGCCCAGGCCUCAUUGCACCACAUUGCAGAGGAAAAAGAGGUGGGAAGCCAGAAGUUCUAUCGAUACAGUCAGGAGCGGACCAUGAACUGGUUAAAGAAAAAGGUGGAGAGGAUAGUUGUUGCCUUGAAGAAGAAAAACAUCUCCGUGGGAGAAGGAGUGAAAUCCUCCACAUACGUCAGGGCCCAGAUCAAGUCAGAGGACCAAGAGGACGACUACCUGCGCUACGCCCAUGGUCUGAUAUCAGAAUACAUCUGUGAGGACCUGAGCAAAGCCUUCCUUAAGCACCUGGGCUUACCGGAGCUCACGAGCCCAAAGGAGACAGAGCCUCCUUCCAAGAAGCGGAAACUUUCAGACAAGCCGGUGGAGGCUGGAGAAGACUACACCAAAUUCAACAGUGCAGACUUUGCGCGGAAACCACCCAAAAAGAUGACAGCAGCUCAGAAAAGUCUGGCAAAGGUGGACAAGUCAGGCAUGAAGACAAUGUCGUCCUUUUUCAGCCCUAAGGUCAAAGCGGAAAAGAAAUAAUUAAUAUUGUGUGUAUUGUUUUUAUUUGUGUGCAACACUGUUGUAAUAAAAAAAAAGGAAAAUGCA